AUUAUUCGUUAUGUAAACUCGAGAUUUUAGCAACCUGAUGAUGAUAGGUUAGAUGUGAAGGAAGGAAAAAGGGCACUGUCAAUGUUACGGUCUCUUAAAAUUAUGACUGAUAACAUUGAAUUUAGCUAGAGAAGACAAGAUAUAUCGUAAGUUACAUCAGUAUUUCUGCCGUCGUAGGACAACUUGUCCCAACGAUCGAUUGUUUAAUUAAGACUUAUGCCUUGGUUUUCGUUUCAUUCAAAAGAUUUUCCUUGCCUUAAAUAUUUAGGCUCUAAAAGUAAGUUUUUUACACAUUACUUAAACGGAGUGGAACAAAAACAGUGAGUAAUACAACCUUGUGACGUAUGCGCUGGUAAGGAGCAACGCCUACAAAUUAUCACGAAUCUGCUCCGCCCACAGAAAAAAAACACUUGCUAAAAAACUAUAACAAUAUGGCUGACAAUGCUUUUUACCUUGCCACCUAUCAGGUGCCCUUUAUAUAGACCUCCAUUUAAUCAAUUUCGAUAACCUAUAACGUUAUGUUCUCGCAUAUAGAUCCUUAAGGGAGGAUCCCAAAAUGUAAUUCUACACCAUAGACCGUCCAUUCCAGAUAAAAAUAUAUUUAUACCAGGGUCAAGUGCAUAUUUGCUUAUCAAGUCAUCUCAUCGUCACUAUAAAUAUUAUAAUCUGAUAAUCAAGGCAAUAAAACCUUCGAUUAACAAUACAACCAAUUUAGAAUCGAAUGCAAUAUAUUCAGUUGUUUACUAUAAGCAAUUACAUCCGAUUAUGUACAUCGAUACGAUAUGUAUGGUCAGUAAUUGCGUUGGGUCAGCUCUCGGUAGUCAGCAGUAGGUUGCAGGACAAACGAGCAGCGAUAGCCUCCCACACUUGCGCGCGCGCACCGCCUCAUUCCAGCAACAAGCUUGAGUGGCGCGGCCGCUCCGACGCUAUGCGAAUGCGAACCAAUAGUCAGUGAAGUGAUCGUGAAGUGCGAACUUUCAGUUUUAAUCUUGUGUUUCUCAGAUGCCAGUGUAGCGCGACAUGUCUCGGGACACAUACGAGAUGAAGACCAACAAGCUGUCGCGCGGGAGCUCCCUCUUCGGUACGGACCCGCAAGUCCAGCUCAGAUCAGCUCUACAAUUGAACGACUUCGCUACAUUCAAAAAACUUAUCGGUUACGGUGCCGUGGAUCUCGAACAUGUGUAUCAAUACCCUGAUUACAAAACGUGUCUCGAACUUGCAGUGUCAGAACCAAAAACGAAGGGAGAGUUUGUGAAGCUUUUGUUACAACACGAAGUGGAAGUCAAUAAGAUAAAUGAAACUCACUCCGCGGCUCCAAUACACUUCGCCGUAGAAAGUGGAAAUAUUGACGCCUUAAAUCUACUGCUAGAGGAUGAUCGAAUUGACGUCAAUGUCAAAAGUAAGGGAAAUACAGCGUUGCUGAUGGCAAUUAAAAAGAUAGAAGAGCUGGAUGACGACCGCGAGCAGGACCUAGCAAAGUACGAAGAUAUGGUAGAACACCUCUUAAAAGCGGGCUGCAAUGCCAAUAGUCCUGAUUUAAAAGGUAUAACUCCAGUAUAUUCUGCCGCAAAACAAGGUCUAGAAAGAAUCGUAACAUUAAUCUUGGAUUAUGCGAAAGAGCCUAUAAAUUUAGAUUCAUAUAAAGACCGAAGAGGUAAAACGGCUCGUGAUUAUCUCGGGGAAGCUUUUCCACAUCUGGUGGCUAAAUUCGAAACUGAAGAGGUUGUCGAAGAGGUAAUUGACAUCGACAAACUAUUUUCUUAUCUCAGUAGACAUGAAGAAGACAAUUUUAUCCGAGAUUUUACAAAGCUUGUAAAGAAGAACGAACACCGGCAGGCAUUAGCAUCUAACAACGGCAUUCACACUAUGUUACAGUCGGCUACUGAAAAGGGUUUACACAGAGUGGUCUCGUCGUUGCUGCUUUUCGGCGCAGAUCCUAACGCUACCUGUUCAAGCAAUACAAACAGACCUAUAGCUAUUGCAUGCCAAUAUGGAUACUAUAAAAUACUUAAGCUAUUUGUGGACAACGAAAACACAUUAUUUGAUUCAGUAAAUAGUGAAUCUCUGGUGCAAAUAACAGUUAAGGGUAUGCGAUCUUACGCCAAAACACCUAAGGCAGAUUUCAACAAAUGUUUGGAAAUAUUGCUGAAGCAUCCUAAGAUCAAUAUCAACGUAAAUCAUCUGGACUUAAAAGACAAUACUGCCCUACAUUACGCUGCUAGAAACGGUGACCAAGAUACAGUUUUAGAGUUAUUAAGGAACGGAGCUUGUGUUGGUCUUCGUAAUAAGUUCAACGAGCCACCGCUGGCCGAUAUCAACGCGAGAACGUUGGAGACAUUUUUGGACGAAUGCAUUACGACAAAUGGCGAACGACCAAGUGAUGACGAUUACGAAAUACAUAUGAAAUACAGCUUCCUAGUUUACCCUAACAACUCAUAUGAGAACGAGAUAUCUAAAGUGCCACUAAUGGAUAAUUCUAUUAACAACCACAAAGAGUUUGAUGCUCUUUUAGCACCCGAAACUGAUGCUUUAUUAUACAUGACGCGGAAUGCUGAGCUGCGGCCACUUUUAAAACAUCCAGUUAUCACUAGUUUCUUAUACCUGAAGUGGCAAAGAAUAAGUUGUCUGUUCUACUCAAACAUAACGUUUUAUUCUCUGUUCUGGCUAAGUUUGAUUCUUUAUAUUAUUUUAGGAUACGGCGUAGAGAAAAAACAAGCUUUAGUAGAGUCGUUGAACAUAAUUACUUACAUUGGUACGAUUAUUGGUUUAUUGUUGUUAAUUUUUCGAGAGUUGUUCCAAUUACUUGUGUCGCCGACUCGUUACUUACAAAGUAUAGAGAACUGGAUGGAAAUAAUGUUGAUAUUUGUCACGGCUUGGAUAGUUUGUUCGGACUCGGCGGAAGAGUCUACUAAACAACAAUUGUCCGCGGUGGCCAUAUUACUAUCAUCCGCUGAAUUAGUGCUUCUCAUUGGUCAAUUCCCAACAUUGUCGACAAAUAUUGUAAUGUUAAAGACAGUGUCUUGGAACUUCUUUAAAUUUCUGUUAUGGUAUUGUAUCUUGAUCAUAGCUUUCGCUUUAAGUUUUUACACGUUAUUUAGGCAGGAGGAAAAUGAUGAACAGACUCCUCCAAACCCGAAUGCUGUUGGCAAAGAGGAAGAGGAAGAGGAGGACUUCUUUGAGGAUCCUGGAAGAUCCCUGUUCAAAACUAUUGUCAUGUUGACCGGAGAGUUUGAUGCCGGAUCGAUCAAAUUCAGUACAUUCCCAGUAACAAGCCACAUUAUAUUCAUAGUAUUCGUAUUUAUGAUUCCAAUUGUACUAUUUAAUUUACUUAACGGUUUAGCUGUAAGCGAUACUCAGGAAAUCAGGGCUAAUGCCGAACUUGUGGGACACAUUUCUAGAGUGAAACUUAUUUCAUACUUUGAGAGCGUAUUAAUAGGUAGCGGUCGAUCAUCUUCGCGGUCAAGUAUUUGUUUUUCAUGGCUGCCGGCCAGUAUUCAAGACUUGAAAAUCAUCAAACCUAAGACGCUCUGCAUUAAAUUCUUCGCAAAACGUAUUAGUUUGUUUCCAUUCUUCCUUCCUAAAUACAGAAUAAUUGUGAAGCCAAAUCAAGACAAUAAGAUUGAAAUCCCUCACGCAGAGCCACUAGGAAAGUUCAGUGAUGAUUAUGAAGAUAUAGAGGGACGUGGUACUUGCUGUUUUGAACGGUGUCAAAAUUACAAAUUAAAUCGCAAAAUCGUAAAGAACGCUAAAAUAGUUAUAAGCAAAAAGACUAACAUAACCGAAUUCGAUGAAAUCAAGGACUUGUUGACAAAAUACGAGACAAAAAUGGAAAAUCUUGAAAAUACAUUAAAGAAGGUAUUAAAUUCUUUAGAAACGUACCAUAAUUGAUUUUGUAUUAGUGUAUUACAUAUUUUUUUAUGCUUUUUAACAUUUUUAUAGUCUUAUUUAUAACAAUAUGUUAACGUAAUGUUAAGCAGUAUUAAUUUUCGAGGCAUUUAUAUUAAGUAAGAAUGCAGUUGAUAUGAAACUGUAAAAAUAUACUGUUGCGUCCGAAGUUUUGUCAAUGAAUCUCAUUCUCAAAUAUUCCAAUAAAUUUUAAGUUUCACCGUUA